AUGGCCGACGAAUUGAGCAAGAACUUUGAGACUCUCCAGCUCCAUGCGGGCCAGGAGCCGGAUCCCGCGACCAACUCGCGCGCGGUCCCAAUCUACGCGACAACUAGCUUUACUUUCAAUGACUCCGCCCACGGCGCGAGGCUCUUCGGCCUCAAGGAGUUUGGCAACAUCUAUAGCCGUAUCAUGAACCCCACCGUCGAUGUCUUCGAGAAGCGCAUCGCGGCCCUCGAGGGUGGUGUUGCCGCCCUGGCCACUUCUUCAGGACAGGCCGCGCAGUUCAUCGCAAUCAACGCUCUCGCCCACGCCGGCGACAACAUCGUCUCUACCUCCCUCCUCUACGGCGGCACCUACAACCAGUUCAAGGUCUUCCUCCCGCGCCUCGGCAUCCACACAAAGUUCGUCGACGGUGACCGUGUCGAGGACAUUGCCGCCGCGAUCGACGAGAAGACCAAGGCCGUCUACGUCGAGAGCAUCGGAAACCCCAAGUACAACGUUCCCGACCUGGAGGCGAUCGCCAAGGUUGCGCACGAGAAGGGCGUUCCCGUGAUUGUCGACAACACCUUUGGCGCGGGAGGCUACUUCAUCCGGCCCAUCGAGCACGGCGCCGACAUCGUCGUCCACUCCGCCACCAAGUGGAUCGGCGGCCACGGCACCACCAUCGGCGGCGUCAUCGUCGACAGCGGCAAGUUCAAGUGGGACAACGGCCGCUUCCCGCAGAUGACGGAGCCCUCGGACGGCUACCACGGCCUCAAGUUCUGGGAGACCUUUGGCCCCAUUACCUUCAUCAUCCGCGCCCGCGUCGAGAUCCUGCGCGACCUCGGCGCCUCACUGAACCCCUUCGCCGCCCAGCAGCUCAUCAUCGGCAUCGAGACGCUGUCCCUCCGCGCCGAGCGCCACGCGCAGAACGCCCUCGCCCUCGCCAAGUGGCUCGAGGCCAGCCAGUACGUCAGCUGGGUCUCGUACCCGGGUCUCGAGAGCCACCCGUACCACGAGACAGCCAAGAAGUACCUCAAGCGCGGUUUCGGCGGUGUUCUCAGCUUCGGCGUCAAGGGCGGCGGCAGCGCCGGUAGCCAGGUUGUCGACGGGUUCAAGCUGAUUUCGAACCUGGCCAACGUCGGCGACUCCAAGACAUUGGCUAUCCACCCCUGGACGACCACCCACGAGCAGCUCUCCGACGAGGAGAAGGUCACCUCCGGUGUCAGCGAGGACCUCAUCCGCAUCUCGGUCGGCACAGAGCACAUUGACGACAUCAUUGCCGACUUUGAGCAGUCCUUCAAGAACGCAGCGGCGGCCACCAAGGACGGCAAGGUUGCGGACGCCGCGGAGACGAAGAAGGACGACGCACCCUUGGCGCCGUAG